AUGACAGAUAGAAAUCCAAGACAAGCAGAUUCACCUGACAGCGUCACCAACCAGUGGCCUUUUGAACUGUCUGAGUACUUGAAAUUCGAUGAUAAUCAAUGGCUACAUGAUGAUCAAGAGUCAUUUGUUUCUGAGCAUGUUUCAAAACAGGUCUAUGAAGCCAAUGAAGAACGUGACUUUGGAGGAGGUGGCAGCUACUUUGUGGGGUCUUCUAGCAGAGAUGCUGGCAAUGGAUGCGAGAAGAAGGAAAUUAGAGAGAGAGUUGCAUUCAAAACAAAGUCAGAGGUUGAAAUACUAGACGAUGGAUACAAAUGGAGGAAGUACGGAAAGAAAAUGGUGAAGAACAGCCCCUAUCCAAGGAAUUACUAUAGGUGUUCUGUGGACGGAUGCCCUGUAAAAAAGAGAGUUGAGAGAGACAAGGAUGAUCCAACGUAUGUAAUAACAACCUACGAAGGCAUGCACGCUCACCCAAGUUCUUGCUAGCUCGAAUAUGAAGAAUUUUUGGCAGUACGUUUUGUUGGCCACAGUCACUAGUAAUUCUAAUUAAUAAUGCAUGUACUGUUCGUAUUGUAAGGCAUUCAACAGUGUAAGAGUCGGUAACUGC